AAGAGUGGUCCUCCAGGUCGCAGCAACUAACCCCCGCCCGCCACCCCACGUGGUUGGAGGUUUCCAGAAGCGCUACUACAGCCGCGCUGCGCAGCUCCUGGCCGCCGAGCGCGUUUGCCGCUUCGUAGUUCUACCAUCUAACCGCCAUGAUAAGUGCUAGCCGAGCCGCGGCAGCUCGUCUUGUCGGCGCCGCAACGUCCCGGGGCCCCACAGCCGCCCGCCACAAGGAUGGGUGGAAUGGCCUUAGUCAUGAGGCUUUUAGAAUUGUUUCAAGACGGGACUAUGCCUCAGAAGCAAUCAAGGGAGCAGUUGUUGGUAUUGAUUUGGGUACUACGAACUCCUGUGUGGCAGUUAUGGAAGGUAAACAAGCAAAGGUGCUAGAGAAUGCUGAAGGUGCCAGAACCACCCCUUCAGUUGUGGCCUUUACAGCAGAUGGUGAGCGACUUGUUGGCAUGCCGGCCAAGCGACAGGCUGUCACCAACCCAAACAACACAUUCUAUGCCACCAAGCGUCUCAUUGGCCGGCGAUAUGAUGACUCUGAAGUACAGAAAGAUAUUAAAAAUGUGCCCUUUAAAAUUGUCCGUGCCUCUAAUGGAGAUGCCUGGGUUGAAGCUCAUGGAAAACUCUAUUCUCCAAGUCAGAUUGGAGCAUUCGUGUUGAUGAAGAUGAAAGAGACUGCAGAAAAUUACUUGGGGCAUACAGCAAAAAAUGCUGUGAUCACUGUUCCGGCUUAUUUCAAUGACUCUCAGAGACAGGCCACUAAGGAUGCUGGCCAGAUAUCUGGACUAAAUGUGCUUCGGGUAAUUAAUGAACCCACAGCUGCUGCUCUGGCCUAUGGUCUAGACAAAUCAGAAGACAAAAUCAUUGCUGUAUAUGAUUUAGGUGGUGGAACUUUUGAUAUUUCUAUUCUGGAAAUUCAGAAAGGUGUAUUUGAGGUGAAGUCCACCAAUGGAGAUACGUUCUUAGGUGGUGAGGACUUUGACCAGGCCUUGCUACGACACAUUGUGAAGGAGUUCAAGAGAGAGACGGGGGUUGAUUUAACCAAAGACAACAUGGCACUUCAGAGAGUUCGGGAAGCUGCUGAGAAGGCUAAGUGUGAACUCUCCUCAUCUGUGCAGACUGACAUUAAUUUGCCAUAUCUUACGAUGGAUGCUUCUGGACCCAAGCAUUUGAAUAUGAAGCUGACCCGGGCUCAGUUUGAAGGGAUUGUCACUGAUCUAAUCAGGAGAACCAUCGCCCCAUGCCAAAAAGCCAUGCAAGAUGCAGAGGUCAGCAAGAGUGACAUCGGAGAAGUGAUUCUUGUUGGUGGCAUGACUAGGAUGCCCAAGGUUCAGCAGACUGUACAGGAUCUCUUUGGCCGAGCCCCAAGCAAAGCUGUAAAUCCUGAUGAGGCUGUGGCUAUCGGAGCUGCCAUUCAGGGAGGUGUGUUAGCUGGUGAUGUCACAGAUGUGCUGCUCCUGGAUGUCACUCCCCUGUCUCUGGGUAUUGAGACUCUGGGAGGUGUUUUUACCAAACUCAUCAACAGAAACACCACUAUUCCAACCAAGAAAAGCCAGGUGUUUUCUACAGCUGCUGAUGGUCAGACUCAAGUGGAGAUUAAAGUGUGUCAGGGUGAGAGAGAGAUGGCUGGAGACAACAAACUUCUUGGACAGUUUACUUUGAUUGGAAUUCCUCCAGCCCCUCGUGGAGUCCCUCAGAUUGAAGUUACAUUUGACAUUGAUGCCAAUGGGAUUGUACAUGUUUCAGCCAAAGAUAAGGGUACAGGACGUGAGCAGCAGAUUGUGAUCCAGUCUUCUGGUGGGUUAAGCAAAGAUGAUAUUGAAAAUAUGGUUAAAAAUGCAGAAAAGUAUGCUGAAGAAGACCGGAGAAAGAAGGAACGAGUUGAAGCUGUUAAUAUGGCUGAAGGAAUCAUUCAUGACACAGAAACAAAAAUGGAAGAAUUUAAGGACCAAUUGCCUGCUGAUGAAUGCAACAAGCUAAAAGAAGAGAUUUCCAAAAUGAGGGAACUUCUGGCUCGCAAAGACAGUGAAACAGGAGAAAACAUAAGGCAGGCAGCAUCUUCCCUUCAGCAAGCAUCACUGAAGCUCUUCGAAAUGGCAUACAAAAAGAUGGCAUCUGAGCGAGAAGGCUCUGGAAGUUCUGGCACUGGGGAACAAAAGGAAGAUCAAAAGGAGGAAAAACAGUAAUAACAAUAAACUUUGGAGUCGAAAUAUGA